UCCUUUCCUUUCCCUUGCCUAGGUACCAUUGUACCAAACAGGGCGGUGAACUCUCCAUCUGCAAUUCCAUUAUCACGCUUCUCGCUCGGGAUACACAGCUGCACAUCAACUCUCUCUCUCUCUCUCUCUCAUCUCCAUCAAUGGCCACAUCGACCGCGCCGAAAGAGGAAAACUCCACCACCACCAGCAAUGACGCUUCACCGGCUCCUCAACUACCACCACUUCUCACUGCUGCCACGGACUCGUCUCCCAAGGAAAUCGACGAACCGAAGAGCCUCGGAGACUCUCCAACGACGGGAGAUGCGGCGGCUGAUCCAACAAUGGCCGUGAAAGACAAUGGCGCCAACAACGACGACGUUACAGUUUCCGAUACCGAGAAGAAGAUGCGAAGGGCGGAGCGGUUCGGAGUGCCUGUGCAGAUCUCCGAGGAAGAGAAGCGGAAUACUCGAGCAGAAAGGUUUGGGACUGGGUCUGGGUCUGAGUCCGGUGUACAUGGAUCAGAUGCAUUGACGAAAUCAGAAGAGCAGAAGAGAAAGGCUAGAGGGGAGAGGUUUGGAUCCGUGCAAUCUGUUUCUGCUGAUGAGGAGGCGAAGAAGAAAGCCAGGCUUUCCAGGUUUACAGCAGUUGCCCUGAUAGAUCCUUUGGAAGAGGAAAAAAAGAAAGCAAGGGCAUUAAGGUUUUCCAAAGCUCCGUCUGGCUCUCCAUCACAAGUAAAUGGCAAAGCAAAUGAUAUUGAAACUAAAACAGCUAUCACGGGCAAGGCUGGCGGGGAGACCUAAAUGCCUUCGUUUUUCUCGAUCAUGAUCUUCCAUUCUCAGACACCCUCUCAUGGUGCAUGGCAGCAUGACGGAUCUUUUUUUUCUCUCAGAUGUAUCUGUUCACCUGGUGAGGCCAGGAUACUCAACACCUUCUCCUCCUUAGUGUUAACCUAUUUUAAUGACUGACAAAAAGUAUCAAAAUUCUGAAAUUAUAAUCGUGGGAAAAAUUUAUGCUCUCAGUUUCAGAUAUAGAACUGAGACUCUUAAGAAAGCAGUGACUCCUAAUUUUGGUUCUGGUACAACUAUCCUUAUUUUCUUCCUCUAUUAUUAGCCCGUGAGCAACUCCUCAUAUCUACGUGUAGUGAUGUCAUAUACUGUGGGUGCGUUUGGUAUCUGCAGAAACUUUUAACUUUGUGAGUCUAACAUCAUCUGAUCCAAGAAUUUGAUCGUCAAAUUUGCUGCAUAGUCAGUUGCAUACUUGUAGAACAAUCCUAUUACCAGAAAUCACAAAGCAUGCAACUGUGGUCUUUUCUUUUUUUCGUUUUUUUCUUUCCUUUUCUAUUUUUAGAGAACGGCAAUCGUUUGGAUUUGUAAGAUUCAAGACUAUAGAUAGCCAGAAAUAUAAACCGUAACAGUUUCUGGAACAAAACAUAAAGCAACUGGCGGAUCAAAAAAAAAAAAAACACACAAAGCAACGGGUUUUUUUUUGCCUUCUAACUCUAGAUUGACAGCUUUUAGGAUGGUCCGGUUGAUUUAUGGAACCAUGCAUAUUGCCAGUGUUAUUGAGGCUUAGGUUGAGUUUAUGUAAUGCAUUAUUUGUUUUUAUGUGCCGAGCUUGUGUGCUUACAAGUUAACUUUGUGUGUCGCAUUUUGUGGCACAGUGUGAACAUGUUGACUUUUGGAUUCGUGGAUCAGAUGAUAGUAACCUUACAUUUUUCAAUUGGGUCAAUUAUUUUACUGCUGUUUUCAUACUUGAGUACGGCAAAUAUGAGGGGGAAUUGGGGAAAGUUUGAGGGUAAAGUUGUCGGAGGAUAGAAUUUGAACUCAUUCUUGUCCUUGGCUCUCACUAAAAUUUCCCGCGGCUAUAAUUUCAGAACUUAUGGUAUUCUUUCUCUGUCAUUGGAAUAGAAUUGAUGCUUAGGAGGUGUUUGUUGGUUAACCUUGAUCUCAAUUGUUGAAUUGCCUGGCUAUUUAAUCGAAUUUGUAACAAUGAAUUGAAGAAUUUCGCAAGUUCAAAUUUGGAACUUUUAGAAGAAAAUAGAAAGUUCCCUGAUUUCUGAA